AUGGAGAUGUUCCUCAGAAAUCCUCGUUUCCUGGGCAUUCAGUUCCCGGACGUGAGCCGCCCAGAGACGCUGGAAAAGCGUUACUUGAGACGGAUGCCGAAGCUGCAGAUGCAGCUGCUGAAGGGCAUCCUGGUGAUGGAGCCCCGGCGGCGCCUCAGCGCUCGGGAGAUGCUUCGGAUGCCUUGGUUUGAGGCCGUGGAGUCUUGGCAUCAAGCUUCCAAGAUCACUGCGGCCUCCUUCACAGACGCAGUCGCGUGGCAUGAGGUGCCGGCAGUGACGCCAGCGCAAGCUGAGCGGUCGUUGCCUGAACGGACGCCGGCGGCAGAACGGACGCUGGCCGAACGGAUGCCAGCCGAGCGGAUCCCAGCCGAGCGCACGCCAGCCGAGCGCAUGCCGGCCGAGCGCAUGCCGGCCGAGCGCAUGCCGGCCGAACGCAUGCCGGCCGAACGCUUGCCCGCCGAGCGGAUGCCCGCCGAGCGGAUGCCCGCCGAGCGGAUGCCUGGUGAGCGCUCAACACAGGCGGCGCGGCCAGCGCAGGUGCCACCGGCAACGGGCCCGCGUGCUUUCGAGACCGUCCCAAUGAUGCAGCCUCCGCCCCAAGAGGCAUCGGCGACUCCAUCUUGGCAUUACGAGCAGCAGCUGCGUCUGGAGCAACUGCUUUCCCAGCUCAUGCAGCAAGGGGAAGGUGGUGCAGCUGCUGCAAGUUCUAGCUUUCCACCUGGGCGGCACCCGCACCAACCGCUUCAGCAGCAGCCGCAUCAGUCUCACCAGCCCGUCCCUGGUGAUCGCAGGACGCACCAGUACAGGCUGCCGUGGGAAGAGGCAAUGGCACAUCCCGAAGAAGCGCCUACCAGCGACUACGGGCGGCACCCGCACCAACCGCUUCAGCAGCAGCCGCAUCAGUCUCACCAGCCCGUCCCUGGUGAUCGCAGGACGCACCAGUACAGGCUGCCGUGGGAAGAGGCAAUGGCACAUCCCGAAGAAGCGCCUACCAGCGACUACGGGCCGCCACCGCCCCAGUACACAAGCGAUGUCGGGGAGGACAAGAGUCUGGUGGAUGGCCGUCGCUCGCGGCAAAAUCGACGCCAGGCACAAGAGGACUGGAUGGAUCGGCAGCCAGGCCCCGAUACUCGUGGGACACCAAGUGCUGCAGAGCGAGAACGCUCCGGCCCCUUCUUCGGCGCUGGCAGCAUGAGCGCCACUUCCAAGGGCAGCAGAGCUGUGGCCCCUCAGCACGGGCCGAGCGGUGUGUAUUCAACGGGCCACAGCCACGCCGCGUUUGGGCAUGGCACUUCAAGCCUUCUUGGAGGUGGCUCUGCCAGCGGCUGCAGUGGAGGGGUGGGCCUCUGCCUGGCUCCGGGAGCAGGAGUUGGGUCCAUGGGUGGAGGUUCAGGUUGCAGUGGAGGAUUGGCGCAUCCCGGAGGUUCGGCAGUGCGGGCUGCAGAGAAGCAUGUGUCCGCUGGAACUGGCGGUUCGGAGGAGUGGCCCUCAACUCAAGCCAGGAAUGUUCGUGCACUCCGGGAGAACGACUACGAAGACGAGAAGGCAGUGUGGGCCCAAGGUUGCGCGCUGCCUCUCAUGAAAAAGGCAGGCCGAAACCAGGCUCCGCUUGGAUGUGCCCAACGUGCCACGGACCUCUACCAUGGCGAGGUCAUGCCUGCUGGCUUCGACUACUCGAAGUGGGACAAGAUCGAACUAUCGGAUGAUGAGGACGAUGUCCACCCCAACAUCGACAAAGCCUCGUGGUUUCGGUACAAGCACCAGAACCGUGUGGAAAAGGACGAGGACGAGGAAAAGAAACACUUGAGGCUGCAGCAAGAGCUGCAGAAAUUGGAGAAGGAAUACAACGCCUUUGGAGAAGCUGGAAAGGAGCACCUGAAAGCGAAGAAGGUCAAGGCAGAGAUAGACAAGGUGCAGGAGCAGCUGGCUUUGAUGGAAAAGAACAAGAAAUGGAAUGCUGACAACAUGUGCAAGACUGCCGACCAGAAGACAUUAGUCUCAGAAAGCAGAGAAACGCCCGGGCCGGAGCCCCGGCUGGAAGGCGAAGCGGUCGCUGAAGGAUACUGUGAGUUCAUCGAAGAGAACGAGGAUUUGCUUGAAAGCUACAUCGCUUUGGGCUCUGAGGAGGACUUGGAGAAGGUAGCGAACUUUCUCCGAGAGAAUGGUGGCAAGCUUCUUCAGGGAGAGCAUGCCGAGUCCUACCUACUGUUAGAUUGCCUGGAGAAGGAGAUGAACGAUCUUCACCAGGAGAUGGCUCAGUCUGCACGGCAGUUGCAGUUGCUGACACAGCUCCGCGAGUUUUCGCGAGCAGCCGGGCGGCCAGCACGAGACUCGGUGAACCCCAUCUUCCAAAAGCUGAUUGAGCAUGAAGGAACCAGAGAAUCCUUCGAUGAAACGGUGCAGAACUUUAUCCAGCGUGUGGAGCGCCGUGCGGUGGUCAAGAAGAAGGAGAUGGAUGCCGAAAUGGAAGAAGAAAGGAAAAAGCUGAAUCCUUUGGGACCUGGAGGGCUGGACCCCUUGGAGGUCUUCGAGACGCUGCCAGCAGAGAUGCAGAUCGCUUUCAAGACGAAGGAUGCUCAAAGGUUACAGGCAGCCGUCGAGGCGCUGCCGGAGGAGGAAGCGAGGUACCACCUGCAGCGCUGCGAGGACAGUGGCCUCUGGGUGCCCAGCCAGCAGGGCAGCCCUCCUCCAUACCGCGCCUGA